AUGUUGAAUUCUACUUUACCUAGACUGGGGGUGGUGAAGAACAACCCCACCCCCCCCCCUCCAUGUACACUCCAUAAGGGAUACGGCGGAGUUGCUGCGCUGCUGAUGCAGCUGCAGAGCGGCAGCAAAUGUGUGCAAGCUCAGGCUGUUGCUGCUCUCGAUUCCUUCUUUAAGAAUGCAGAACACUGUGUAGCCGCAUAUAAAGCAGGCAUCAUACCGAUUCUCAUUCAAUUUGCUGCUGCCAAAGCUCAGCCCCUGAGGCGGCUAUCGGUGAAGGCCCUAGCGAGGUUUGCCUCACAUGAUGGGCCGCGUCGUUUGCUGCUGUUGCCUCCGGCAGAGCAGCAGCACCAGCAACUUCUGCUGUUGCUGCAGCAGCAGCAGACAGUUCGUCUGUAUUUGAACCAGCCUGGGUUGUCGAAGGAAAGGCAGCAGCAGCUGCAGCAGCAGCAACAACAACUGCAGCAAGAGCAGCAGCAGCUGUUGCUGCAGCCGCAGCAGGAACUGCUGCUGCCGCUGCUGCCGCUGCUGGAAGACAGAGACACAGAAACUCGUCUCUCUUUUAUACAGCUGGCGCUGCAUGUUGCAUCAAGGCGAGAAGCAACAGCAGCAGCAGCAGCAGCAGCAGUAGCAACAGCAGCAGCAGCAGCAGCAAUAGCAACAGCAGCAGCAGCAGCAGUGUGCUUUGCUGCUGCAGGUGCGGAGUUCCUUAUGGUGAAGGGGCUGCUGCAGGCUGUCCUGAAGCGGCUGCUGCCUCCAGAAGCAACAAGCGAGACUUAUAUUUCUCUCCUUAUAGAAGAGCUGCAGCAGCAAUGGGAGGAGGAGCAGCAGAAGCAGCAGCAGCACCCGCAGCAGCAGCUGCUGCUCCAACUUGCACAAACACAAGCGACGAAAGAGGCAAUGCAGCACCAGCAGCAGCAACUGCAGCAGCAACUGCAGCAGCAGCAGCAGCAGCAGCAACACGCUGUCUCAGGCUUUCCUGUUGGAUGCGUCGAUGGCUGCUUCGGGUUCGUGCGAGAAGCAGCUGCUUGCAGCGUGCAGCAGCAGCAGCAGCGACAGCAGCAUCAGCAGCAGCAGCAACUGGAGGUGCUGCAGCAGCUUGUGGAGAGAGCAGACACCUUCCUUGUUGAGGGGCAGUUCGGCUUCAGCAGCAACGCAACAGCAGCAGCAGCAGCAGUCGAUGGCAGCAGCAGCAGCAGCAGCAGCACACAGGGAAAGGGAGCCGCAGCAGACUCUCUUUUUGUAGAUGGCUUCUUUGGCUUUGUUCGCUGCACAAGCUGCCGCCGCAGCAGCAGCAGCAACGGCAGCAACAGUUGCUGCAGCAAAGGAGAAACUGUUGUGUAUACACCUGAAACACUUUGUAUUGAUGGCUUCUUUGGGUUUGUGCGCUGCAGCAGCAGCAGCAGCAGCAGCAGCAACUGCAGCAGCAGCUGCUGCGGAGACGUUGCUUACAUUCCUGAGACCCUGUGCAUAGACGGCUGCUUUGGCUUCAUCCGCUGCAUCAGUCACUGCAGCGGAAGCAGCAGCAGCAGCAGCAGCAGCAGCAAACUAGAUUUUAUGCAGCGGCGCAUGCUGGCCGAUGGAGGGUACGGAUGGGUCUCCUUCCCCUGUGGAUGCAGCAGCAGCAGCAGCAGCAGCGGCAGCAGCACGAGCAGCAGUAGCUGUUCCUGCAACACCUAUGCUAUCGACGGUGCUUACGGCUUUGUCAGGGAGGCAUCACCCUUUGGAAAUGCUGCAGCAGCAGCAGCAACAGCGACGCCGGAAGGCAUGCAGCAGCAGCAGCAGCAGCAAGUGCAGCAGAAGCAACAGCGGCAGCAGCACCGCAUCCCUUAUAUGCACGGAGCUCCCUGCCAUUGGGCCUAUUAUGAGGUGGUGGAGACGCAGCAGCAGCAGCAGCAGCAGCAGCAGCAGCAUAGGAAACUAAACGGAUGCCCGCGGUUGUGGCUCGCUGUUGAUGCUGCGGAGCAGGUGCAGCAACACCAGCUGCUGCUGCAGCAGCAGCAGCUGCAAAAGCUGCUGCUGCUGCAGCACCAACGGGUGGAAGAACUCCUUAGCCCCCCGAGUAGCCCACACGCUGCAGCAGAAGCAGCAGCAGCAGCAAAUGCAACAGCAGCAGCAGCAGCUGCUGCUGCUGUAGGAAAGGAGGGCCAUUUUGAGGUUGCGGCGGCAACUGCAGCAGCAGCAGCAGCAACUGCAGCAGCAGCAGCAGAUACCUCCCCAAAGGAAGCCCAGUAUAUUGCUGCCUCAGCAGCAGCAGACUCCUUCUGCCCUGCAGCAGCAGCAGCAACUGCAGCAGCAGAAGCAACGAACAUUUCAGCAACGGCAAUUGACAAUGUACCACCACCAGGAGCAGCAGCAACAGCAGCAGCAGCAACAGACACGAGCAUCCCGUGCCCAGCCAACAGAACAGAGCGCGCUGCUUUGCUGCAGCUGCUGCAUGCAUUUGCUGCUGCCUCUCCUACAGGCCUCGAUGCUGCAGCAGAUAUAAAACCCCUAGCGGUGCAGCAGCUAUUCGAUUGGGCGUUUGCUGCUGACGUUGCUGUGUCAGCUGCCGCAGCAGCUGCUGCUGAUGCUGCUGCGGGGGCUUCCCCUUGCAGCAGUUGCGGCAGAGGCAGCACCAGCAGCAGCAGCAGCAGGCGACCCUCCUCUAGCCGUGCAGCAGCUGAGCAGCCAGACACCUCUCCUGCUGCUACAGAAGCCAGAGCAGCAGCAGCUGUAGUUGCUGCGUCUGCUGCAGCCUCUCCUAGGGCUGCAGCAAACGCAGCAGCAGCAGCAGGAGCAGCAGCAGCUGCUGCUGCUCCUGGUCCUAAGAAGACAGCAACAGCUGCUGGAAGCAGCCACACACCCGCUGCCUCGCGCAGCCUGCUGAGCAAGCAGCAGCAGCAGCAGCAGCAUCAGCAGCUUUUUGUCUCCGGCUCCAGCCGCAGCCCUUCCCCUAACCCACCUGCUGCUGCAGCAGGAGGAGCAGCAGCGAGUGUUAAGGGUGCUGGUGGUGCAGCAGCAGCAGCAGCAGCACCGGCAGCAGCAAGUGCUGCUGCUUCACGAAAGGCAUACAUAGCGCAGCUGCUGCGGUUUAUCUCUAUUGUAGCGGGGCUGAAGGUGCAGCAGCAGCAGCCGGUGCUGCUAGCAGCAGGAUUGCUGCCGCGGCUUGAAGCCCUUUUGUCUUUGCUGCUGCAAGGCGCAGCCAACCCAGCCCCAGCCUGCAGCAGCAGCAGCACCACGAGCAGUAGCAGCAGCAGCAGCAGCAGCAGCAGCAGCAAAGGGUGCCCCAAGACGGGGGGUCAGUGGCUUGCGGUGCCUCUACACCCCAUCACUUUUCCUACACCCUGGGACUGCGGCAAGCAGCAGCUGCUGCUGCAGCAGCAAAAAGCUACAGCAACCGUCCGCACCAUUCAAAGCGAGAUGAAGGCCUCCCUCUUUGCUGCGGGGAAGGGGCCCCCACCUCCUCCCCCCUGCGCCUAUGCAGCAGAACGGCUGCUGCUGCUCAGCUGUCUUUGCUGCUGCUGCAUGCCCACGGAAGCCACGCAGCCGCAGCAGCAGCAGCAGCAGCAGCAGCAAGAGGGGGAGACAGAGCUGCCCGCUUCUCUCGUGCACUUGGUUGCUGCUGCUUGUCUUCUGGAGCAAGAGCCUGCCAACCUCAACAUGGCUUUGCAACUGGCUACACUGUUGGCUCUGCGUCCACAGCAGCGGCAUUUGCUGCGGCCUCUGCUGCAGCAGCAGCUGCUGCAGCAGCAGCAGUACUUAGAAGUAAUUAUUAGAGAGACAUCAGACAACAAAGAGAGACAGCUGCAGCAGCAAACAGCAGCACAGGUUGCUACGCUGCUGGCUUCCCUUCAGCGCAGGGGCAGCAGCAGCACGCCAGCAGCAACAACAGCAACUCCUGCAGCAAACAACCCCUCUGCUGCUGCUGCUGCUGCUUCUAAAAGGUGUUAA